UUGGUGAAUCGACAGCCCUGGUCAAGAGUUGAAUUUUCCGGCAAACACAAUUUAAACAUUAAUAGCUUAAAUAAUUAAUUGCCACUUUUGUACGCGUACGUUUGCUUCAAUUACUGUCGCUUCAAAAUGAAUAUUUGUUCGCAUUAGUUGCUAAUAACAGAAAUAUUUUUUUCAUAAAAUUAUUUACCAGAGUUGCCACCAGAUUACUUCAAAUUGAGUGCACGAAAAUUGACAAAUUUCCCAAGCCCUUGAAUAAAAUCGUGUUAGGUUGACUGGUAUUGCAGAAAGAAUCGCAUUUGACUAUUUUAUUUUAACCCAGUGUGCUUGCCACAUCCUAGAUCAUUCCAGACAAGCUUCGGCCAUCUUUGCUACAGCAAACAAAAGCGGAAACAUCCAAGAAAAUCUGCAGCAUCUAUAACAAAAAAAAAUCUUCUAUCACAACUUUGCCGGCAAACAUGUCUUACCGUGGAAAUCAGAGCCGAAGCCGGUUUGGUGGUGGUGGCGGUGGGAACAAUUAUGGCGGACCCAUGGGUGCUAAUCGUAUGGGCGGCAUGAAUGUGUCUCCUUGGGAAUCCCAGAAUCCUGGCGGCGGACAAUUCGGCAAUAAUAUGCGUCAAACCGGCGGUCACAUGAACGCCAUCAAUUUGGCAAACAAUUUGUUGAACAAUCUCUUCGGAAAUCAGCAUCCACCAUCUCUAUUGGAUUUGCCUCGAGGAGGUGGUAUGGGAAAUCGCAAUCAACGCGGAGGACCUAUGAUUAAUCGCGGCGGCGGUGGUGGUGGUGGUGGCGGUGGCGGCGGCGGUAACGGAGGCGGCAAUCGUAUUAAUAACCGGCGUGGCGGUGGAGGGGGCCAAGGAGGUUUCCAAAAUCGCGGACCAACUGGACCAAAGCCACCACCAAAACAGGGAGCCGGUGGAAUACGCAAGCAGAACGCGUUUGACCGUGCCAAGAAACUCUUGGCUAAAAAUGCCAAUCAAAACAAGAAAAAGGAACCAACAACUCCUGGAGAAAAGAAGGUCGAAAGCGGCGAAACGAAGGAAUCGGUGUAUGCUAGCGUGCCCAAUGACAUGUUCUAUUGCCAUUUGUGCAAAAAGCACAUGUGGGAUGCCAACUCCUUUGAGAAUCACAUCAAGGGUCGCACCCAUCUGAUGAUGCGCGAAGGCAUUGAGGAGAGCUAUCGUCUGAAGGCCAAUAUGAUACGUCAGGAGGCCAAGAUUGCCGAGCAACUCAAGUCGAUUGAGUUUGAUCGCUUGAAACGCAUGGGCAAAAGCAAGCAGCGCCAAUUGGACUACUGCACCAUGUGUGAUCUGAAUUUCCAUGGUCAUAUAUCGUCGCAUCGCAAAUCUGAUGGACAUUUGCGUCUGAAGAGAUUCUUGCACCCUAAGUGUAUGGAGUGCAACAAGGAGUUUGCCACACGCAUUGAUUACGACACGCAUUUGCUGUCUGCUGAUCACUUGAAGAAGGCCGCCGAGAGCAACACCAAGGUGGGCGAACGCAAGCGUCAAACCUUGUAUAUUAACAAUGAGGAGGAGGAAACUCGUGACUUGCGUCCACCCCAGAGGCGCAAGAAGACCGUGAAGAAGGAGGGCGAAGCUGGCGGCGAUGAAGCUAAAAAGGAGGGUGCUGACGGUGAAGCUGCCGAUGGUGAGGAUGGCGAAGGCGAUGAGACCAAAGAGGGAGAAGAAGGUGCCGAUGACACGACCAAGGAGGGUGAAGAUCUUAACGAAAGCCAGGAAGACGAGGAAGUGGCUCUGCCAGUCGAUCCAGAGGACUGUAUACUCGAUUUCAGUGAGGGCGAUGAAAUCCCGAGCGAGGUGGACACCCGUUUACCGAAAUACAAUUGGCAGCGUCCGGUGGGAGCCGGUCUCGUUUCCAAACUGGAGUGCUACGAGUGCUCGGUAUGCAGUAAAUUCUUUGACACCGAGGUAACUGCCGAGAUCCACUCGCGCACUGCUACCCAUCACCGCAAUUUCCUCAAGUUCAUUAACGAGAAGUCUAGCGACACCAAGAUUGCCCAGAAGCGUGCUGCUGCUGCUCUAGAAGAAAAUGAGCGCAAGAAGCGUAAAAUUGAGGAGGACGAUGCACCCGUUGCUGAGGAUGGUGCCGGCGAAGAUGCCUCUGCCGAAGCUGCUGAUGGCGAACUGUAUGAUCCGUCUGAAGCCACCGGCGAUGAUGACGAUGCUAUGGGUGAGGACACUGCCGAAGGAGAUGAAGAAGAGCAUGUCGACGAAGAAGCCCAAGAUGAAGAAAUGGAUGCCGUAGAAGACGAGGCUGUUGAACCCGAACCCGAACCGGUGCCAGAGCCAGAACCCGUUGCUGCUCCUGCGACACCAGUGGCACAACCCAAGCCGGAACCCAAGACACCGGCUAAAUCUGCUGCUCCUGCAGCCCCGGCCGCGGCUACUCCUUCACCGGCUGCUGCAGCUGCAACUCCGGCCAAACCAGAGGUAGCAAGCCCUUCGCCGGCCAAGAAACCAGUUCCCACUCGUGCUGCAGCCGGUGGCAAGGCUACACCACAACGUGCUCGUGGCCGCUACAAUCGCUACUAAGACACAAACGUCCUACAAUAUAUUUUUCAUAUAAUAUAUAUAAUUAUACCCAUAAAUCAUUAUAAACAAUACUAUAAAUUUAUAUAGGCAAACAAAUCAUAUGAACAAACAAAACGCAAAAAAUGUAAUGAUUUCAAUAUUUAAAUAAUAAAGAGGACAAAUACAAUAA